UUUAAGUGUCGAUGGUGUCUCUCUGCAGUGUUUUGGCUAAGCAACAGCGACACGGAUUUGGGAUUGCUGGGGACUGCACGGCACACAGAACAUCACAACCCGAGGCUGAAUUUUGUCUCAGACGAGACAUUUUUAUAUGUAUUAAUUGAUCAGUUUGUCCAAUUUAUGUGUUAUUGCAGCAAAGGACUAUUUUGGAUUAUUUAUCUUACAUUUUUGUUCAAUCGCCCCCCUUCAUAUUAAUAAGCUCCGAUUUCGUGUGGCAACCCGUCUUUUCAUCGUUGACUUGUUCUGGUAGACAAUUUUGAUAAUCACCGUUUUUUUUAAUUUAUUUUUUUUAUGUUUAUGCGAUCUGAAUGCACUCCCAACGGGUGCCUUUUUUGGGAAUAUAUACUGACCAGCAAAAUCGUUGAAAACUGUCGGGGCUUGGAGGAGAUUCGAGUUUUUUCCUGCCGGGAGCGGGGGUAUAAUAUGUCCAGGCGAAAACAGACCAACCCCUUCAAAGUUAAUUGUAGGUAUCUCAGGGCCUUUCCCCCCCGCAGGGCUGAGCGGUCCUGAACUUGCGCUGAAGAUGGAGGGCAGGGAGGACCUCGCUGAGGACAGCGAGUGCCACAGCAGCUACUCCCAGGAGCCCGAGGAGCAGGACAGCAUGUCGGACGACAGCGACAGCGACCUGGACAACCCGGGCGAGGACUCGUCCUCCAACAGCUCCGCCGACGACAGCAUGACGGGCAUGAAGAGCUGCCGGGCGUCCCUGCAGGAGGCCCACCUGAAGGAGGAGAGCGAGGAGGGGGCCGACCCGGGGAACGGUUACGUGUGCCCUCUGUGCACUCUGGAGUUCGGCAGCGCUGAGCGGCUCGUAGCGCACGUCUACCAGCACACAGCGAUGGCGGGCAGCAGGAGCAGCUACGUGUGCCCGGUGUGCGCGCGCGUGCUCAGCUCCCCCGGCUCUCUGGGGCGCCACCUGCUCAUCCACUCAGAGGACCGGCUGUCCAACUGCGCUGUGUGUGGAGCACGCUUCACCGACUGCAGCAGCUUCAACAGGGAGAAGCUGAGAGAGUUCCUCAGCGCCGGCCACUCAGAGAGCAGCAGCAGCGACGAAGCCUGCCCCCUGCCUCCGCCCCUCUCCGGCCCCGCCCACAGCCUGAGCCCCGCCCUCCCCUCCCUGACGGACAGCCUCUUCUCCCCGCCCCCGUCCCUGCCGCCCCUCCCGGACGGCCUGGGCCCCCCCGGCGCGGGGCUGCCCCCGCUCCCGGACCUCCUGAGCCCCGUGCCCGUGUACCCGGCCGGGGUGCUGCUGGUGUGCAACGGCUGCGCGGCGUACCGGCGGCUGGCGGCGGCGGCGCGGUCGCCGGACGCCCAGGCGUGGGCGGGGCAGGGGCAGGAGGGGCAGGAGCCCGCGGAGGCGCGCGGGCAGCGGCUGGAGCGCGAGCGGCUGGCCAAGCAGACCAAGCGGGCGCGGGAGUCGGCCGAGGAGCGGGAGCUGCGGCGGCUGCGGGACCGGCAGGCCAAGCGGCUGCAGCGCAUGCAGGAGACGCAGGAGCAGCGCGCCCGCCGGCUGCAGCGCGACCGCGAGGCCAUGCGGCUGAAGCGCGCCAGCGAGACGCCCGAGCGGCGGCAGGCGCGGCUGGUCCGCGAGCGCGAGGCCAAGCGGCUCAAGCGGCGGCUGGAGAAGAUCGAGCCGUCGCUGCGCUCGCAGAUCGAGCACGACCCCGCCGCCAUGGCCGCCCUCACCGCCGACAUGAGCCUCUUCCAGUUCCCCUGCCCCCCCCUGGACAACGGCGUCUUCAUGAAGCUGCCCUAGCAGGGGCCGUACAUGCCCCCCCCCCCACCUCCUUCUGCCUCAGCGGCCCCUGGGGACCGGCCCCUCUAGGGUCCCCAGACCAGACCAGGCCUGCAAAGUCCCGCCGAUUUGCUCCUCGCCUGCUAUUGGGUGACGUCACCCUGCUCGGCGAGGACCGGUCCGCUCUGAGGGGUUUGAGCUCACGGCCGUGUUAAUGACCCUGUGCGAUCACUUCUGUUCCAUUAACGGAAAACGUUUACCUUUUCCAGAUUUCUUAAUGGGGGGGAGAAACAGUUCUAACAAAAUUUCAUUUCGAUUUGUUUUAAGUAAAAUAUUUCUUAAAAGCAGAGCAGGAGGAUCGAGGGUGUGUCCCCUCUGUAAUGAAUAUUCGUAAGUUCACUUUUUGUUGGCAGUCGCACAGAUGGGACUUAAAAUUGUGUUUAGUUCGCUAGCUAGCAGAAGAUGUAAAACUACCCGUCUAUGGAAAAUGGCACCACCUCUGUCAUAGACGGCAUCGAAACCAACCAAAUCAGUGGUCGGACUGGAGCGUUUACAUUUAGCGACGUACGAGCCAAUACUGGUCAAUCCCAGUGACGGGAACAUCGCUGCCUCCGCCUGUGUAGCGUGGGUAACUGGCUAAGGCGGCAAGCAUGGCAGCUCGUCAGUUUCUCAUCGAGCCUUCUACCGAAUUUCCAAUGUCAAAGUUAGCUGGGUAGCUAGCCAAUUAUAUUUUCCUUAUAUUGAUAACAAAAUCAUUCCAUACUAUCUUUUUUUUUAACCUUUCUGACGUUAAUUCGCUGCUCACCCGGUACUGACACAGCGUAGUGUAGCGUUAGCCAGCUAAUUAAGCUAGUUAUUCCAUCUGAGCAGUGGUGUUCCUCCCAGUGCAGCUCUCUUUAACUCAUUACAUUCCUGACCCCCGCCGGCGUAUACAACAAGCCAUGAUGCCCUCCGGCACAGGCGAUAUAUGUAAACUGACUGCAGAUUGGUUUUUGAUGUAAAUCACCUCGUUAGUGAUGUCAGAAACUAGGUUUUCAACCUAGUUUUUGUCGAUGCCAUAUCCUCCAGCAUCAUGAGAACCUUCCUUCCAGGAUAAAAACAAAAAAACAAAAAACAAAUUCAAAAUCUCGCGGAAUAACACUUGCUUAAUUGCAUCGUAUUUAUUUUGUUAUGUUCUUAAUUUAUAACUGAACUAUUUAAAAAGGGUUAUUUUGAUUGCACAGGGUUUGUAAGGCGAUCAAAUGGUUAAAGAAAAAUUCAAGAAGCUGUCGUCAGCAAAAAACUGAAUUUAUAAGGGUAGAGGAAACAUUUUGAAAAUAAGGUUGAAUAUUUUUUUUUAUACAACAAACCGUAAUAUCGACUGGCAAGUUUAAACAAGAUGGGACUUAAGAAAGAGAUCCAGCGCUCAGUAACUCGUUGAACAGUACCUCUCUUCCAGAGUGGGAGAAUCCGUUUGCACAUGCGUCGACAGUAAUGGGACUGGAGAAUCAGCCGCUUUCAAUCUGCUCUCCCCUCUUUUAAUUUGCCAGCCCGCAGCUGGAGUCUACCUGGCAGCUAUUCCCAAAGCUGCCAGCAGGGGGGGGGGGUCACUGGUUAGCUCAUAUCCACUGAAUCUACUUCUACCUCUAAAAGGGCUCUGGCCUGGCCAGUGGCUUCGUUGGCGGUACCGUAGCCGCUGGUGGCCGGCACGGAGGACCCUCGGUUUACAGACGCUCGCACCGCACACUUUUCAGACAACGCUAUCUCAAUCCAGUAACUCCCAAACAACCCAUCCUACCUGAAAACGUCCGCACUUCAAUGCAGAAAUGCUUCUCUCUUUUUUUUUUGUGGGGUUUUGUAUUGUAAAUGGUUAUACGCUUACGAAGACGCAAAAACAAAGUCAGUGUCUAAAUGUGUGGUGAAGAGCCAGUGCUGUAUGAAUGCUGAUAUUGCUGAAUUUGACUGUUCCUUACUCUAUCACUUCUUCACGUGCCACAUUCUAUCCCCAGGUUCUUCUCCCUCUCUCGCACGCACCCACACACACAGUACACAACAAAAGAAAUCAUCAAAUUUCCCAGAAGAGUUUGUGAACCACAUGGAGUAGCCAACGCCAUUCCAGCCUGUAUUUGUCUCCCUUAUUCCCUCAUAGUUAUUCGUGCACGCACACACAGACGCACACACACAUGCACACGCGCGCACACACACACACACAUACACAGACGCACACACACAUGCACACACGCGCACACGCACACACACACACUCACCAUUAGCUGUCACACUGACUAUGCUGUGCCCAGUUUGCACGUUUGCACACCCGACACACAGCCUCCAGUCAGGACGGGAACAGUUCUGUGCCGUGGCGUCCGGCACAUCGCAGACGGCGAUGUUCCCUGCUGCCGUUUCCCUACAUCACCUCUGUACUGGCGAGGGGGAGCCAACACUUGGAUUAAGAAUGCUAUUGUCCUCAUGAGUCGGAGGCCAUGACAGGUUUUCUUUCUUUCUUUCAUCGUUUUGAGAAGUGUGAUGUUGCCUUUGCCUGUAUCACUGGAAAGUUGUUUUUUUUUUUUACUUUCUUCGGGUUUUGAGAAACUUGACAAAGUAAUUAUACUGGAGUAUUGUGAAACUAAGGUGUAAUUAAGACAGGGAAUUUAAGGACUGAUAAACUGUUUUGAGCCAUUCCAAGAACUAAGGAGAACAUGAAGAGUGCACCUCUUUGUCACCAUGGUAAUGACUUAUGUUCUCUGUCUUUUUUUUUUUUUUUUUAACCAGUACCCUGGCGGGGGAAUGGGUGGCUCAGACUGCUAUGCAACAGGAGUUUUAUUCCAACCAGUGGAAAAAAUAUUGACUUUUUUUAUAACUAUGCAGAUUGUGAGAAAGAAAAAAGGGUACAUUUAUAGUGUAAGGAGCUACUGGGGGCUUCUGGGAAUCCUGGAGGCUCUUUGUGCCCUGAUGCCUGAUGGGAGAUGGAGGCCUGGUCAUGACAGAAGCCAGGCACUGCAGGUUUUUUAUUUAUUUAUUGUGACCUCAAUAAGUGGGAGGGGUCCAGUCAGGAGAAAAAAAAAAUACUCACCUUUCACAAUGAAUUGUGGGAAGAGGUCACGGUUUGUGCUCCUGCUUGGAUCUCAUCUGUCGUUCAGCCAUAAACGUUUACGACUGGGGGAAAGCAGCAGGGUCUCUCCUGCGACUUUAUUACGGCACACAGCAAGUUAUGCAGUCAGCGUUCUGUCGACAGGUCCUUGCACAGAAGCAAAAUGUUUCACGACUAUCCCAAGCAUCGUCUUAUAACUUUUUUUUUUCUUCUUGAUUCGAGAUGUUUAUUUCCUGUUCAGGGCCGGUUCAUUAUACACCAUGUUUACAGCUUCUGGUAUUAUGCCUGCAGCACAAAGCACUGUGUUCUGGGAUGACCUGGAGCAUGGCCUACUGAGUUAGGAAAUCAGUGUGUGAUCCUCAAAUGUUCUAAAGGAACCAGAACACUUUAAAUUGCCACGGGACAUUGUGUGUGUGUGUGUGAGUGAAUGAGUGCAAGUGUGUCCAGGUUCUGUUAGAAACUUGGCCUAGUGUAACACACUGGCUUAGUUUAACACUGCAUGUCAGCCUGCAUUUGUUCUAGAAUUAAUUAUGAGCCUGUGUUAUAAUUAUUAUUAUGCCUACCCAUUGCUGUUCUUAUUAAUUUAAGAAUAGGGAUACUACCUUAUUGUUGAAACAUUUGGCCUUUUUUUGGGUAGUUCACCAGGAUACAUUCUUCAUGUUUACAGAAAUAAAAAAGGCCAAACAAACUGUUGAAUAAUUAAAAGGAAGACUAUUUAUGA